AUGAAUCAACGACCUCUAUGGAUUGUGGGUAGUAUAAUUGUGGUGACCAUGGUUGUUACGAUCUACAACACAAACGUCACGCCAUUAGACACCAGCCCUUCCGAGGAAUCGUCCACUGGGCAAGAAAGAGAAAGAGUUAUAAAGAGUAUUUCAACUCCGGGGACGGUAUGCUCCGAUCUACGUCGCAUAGGGGGACUGACAAAAAUGCCUAGUCGGGCCGCCGGUUCUUUUGGCCCCGAUGGCAUGUGGUACGUCUGUUUUGACGAGCAAGUUCAGCUAAAUCCGGGAUCAUGUGUUGUUUACUCAUUUGGGUUAGUGAUUUUUGGCCGUUUCGAGUUGUCCCGAGCCUCUUUUUUUAAAGCGAGGCUAAGUGAGAAGCGCGCGAUUGAUAUGAAAAUUACUCUUAAUUUUCAUGCUUUCACAAAAAAGGUUUGCAUUUAGCCUCGUCUUAAAAGUGAGAGUUUUUCAAACUCAGAAAUGGCCUGUUGUUUUCCACAUUUUCCCCUCUCAAUUUUGUCCAGUUGCAUCCUAGUUCAAGAACCAAACGAAUUCAAAGUCAAGAAAGUAAACGCUAUAUCAACUACCACAUCUAGUGCUCCAAAGACGGCCGGCGCCAAAUUAUCGCCACCCCCGAAUUAGCGUCAACUGGCUGCAGCAACAAUGCGGCGCUUAUAUUGCUUCUAAUUAACAAAUAAAAAACCCUUGACUGUGCUCUGUUCUGUUGUAAAACCAUUAGGAGCGGCUACAGCACGAAAGAAGUUGGGAGAAACACUCGUCCACGUCUUAAUUCUUGAGUUCCGCUGUAGCCGCUUCCGAAGCUGCUUUACAACAGAACCAAGCACAGUCAAGGCUUCUUUAUUUGUUUUACGAUAAUGAAUCCGUUAAUUCCUCACGCAUUACUUUCCAAUUUUACUGCAUUAUUUACUGCUUCUUAUAGGAUUGGUAAUGACUUUUCGUUUGAUGAAAAGAUGGCGAGGUACGGUUGUAACGUGUUCUCGUUUGAUCCUACAAUGGAUAAAGAAGACCACAGACAUAGCCCCGGAGUGAUGUUUUACAACCUUGGUCUGUCCGACGUUGAUCAAGAGAGACCUCGACAUCCUCGGCCAUGGCACAAGUUUGAUAAAAUGAAAUGGAAAACAAGAACAUUUAGGACUAUCAUGCUUGAACUCGGACAUUUCAAGGUAAUUCAAUUUCUUCAAUCUCGCUUUCAUUUUAGGAUCGCUUAAUCAGCAAAUGCAACUAUUUUCUGACACUUAUGGGUGCAAUUAAAACUGGACGAUCAUCUCACACUGCCAGCCCUUGGGCCCGCGCCUUUACCGGGGCAGGGGCGAGGGGCAUCUUUUAAAGUAGUGUGGGAGCAUCUUUGAUGCUUUUAGGGGAAGAAAUCACCAUCGCCACCCUUGGUCUGGGCCCCCGUAGGUGGAGAAAAAGUUCCCUGUAGUAGUGUGCUGGGGAGCAUCUGUAAUACGGUUGUAGGGGGCGAAAUCGCCUUAAUUCUUCAGCGCUGAAGUCGCUUUUUAAAAAUAAAGGUCAUACAAGAGUCACAAACGUUCCGGAAACGACUUCUAGUCCGUGAUUUGCUCAAGUUCACUAGAGCUCUUCCUACCUUAUGGAAAAAACUGAUUCGUAUAAUCCGCCCACUACGAUUUGUUACUUCUCCUUAUGAAUGCACGAACCUGAGGAUCUGAUUCGGCUUUCCGUAAGACCAGAACAGCUGCAAUUUUCAGUAAACCUUUACCGACCAGUUGGAUAAUUUUUACCAGCUUUUUGGAGCUCUGCUAAGGCCACUAGAAUAAAUCUUAGUCUCAAUUACGGACUAGCCUGAGAAAUCAGCAGACAUUGACCUCCGAGGAACAAGCGCAGCAAUUCCAUUCUGAUGACGCUUCACUACCCAGAUCUAAGUAGUGCUUCUGACUGGUAGGCUCGAUUUCCGCCGUCUCCCGGGUCCGGUCUUUGAUCCUCCCGAGGGCUCAUUUUCCCGAACAGCGGCUGGUAAUCGAGCCUGCUGAUUGGUCGUGCUGCUAGUGAAAUUUACUUCUACCGAUCAGAAGCCCUACCCAGAUCUGGGUAGUGACACGUCAUCAGUAUAGAAUUUCUGCGCUCGUUUCUCAGACGUCAUUUUGCGGGGAAGUGGUGGCGCCCCGCGAAAUGUUGGCUGUUUUCUCAAGCUAUCUGCGAACUUGUUGGCCUCAUUUUUCUCAAAAAUACUUUUUUAUUUGAAAGGAAUCAUUUACAACAACAAGAAGCUCGUUCAGUUUGGAGAAAAAUAAAAAAUGUGUUUAAUUUUAAUAACCUGUUAUUUCACGCAUCUUUGUCCCUUUUACUCAAAAAAUAAAUGGUUAUCCCAGUUUUGUAGUCGUAGCUCUUCAGGGAUAGCUCUUGUUAUUUGAUCGGAGAAUUUGUCACCGAAAUACAUUGCUGCUUGUAAGAAUGAAUUCUUCUUCGAUCUUUACUACCCUUUUUUUCGACAGGGAGAAAUUGACAUUUUGAAAAUGGACAUCGAGUCUGAUGAAUGGAAGUGCUUACGUCAUAUGCUAAAGGAUGGAACUCUGAAAAGUCACGUGAGACAGUUGAAUGUCGAAUAUCACAUAUCAAACACUACCGAAGCUCUUAGACAAUCUUAUGAUAUAGUUAAAUGGCUUGAAAAAGAUGGUUUCAAAAUAUUCCACUCCAGAAAAAAUCCGCACUGUCGGAAAUGCUGGGAAUUAUCGUAUGUCAACUCCAACCUAGUAAAUCUACCUUUGAAAUAA